CCACCUUCCGGACCCGCCAAGAGAGAGAUGAAAAUGGGUGAUCUUUCCCUCUUCCCUCCUCCCUCUCUCAAAAGGCAUGAAGCAGAGAGAAAAACUCUCUCCCUCUCUCUCUCUCUCCCCCCGUCUCUGUUGGUUGGAUGGGGUCUCCCUCUCUAAAUCUUUUAGUUAAGGUGGUGGUCUUUUAAGGAGACAGCUAGUCUGAUUUCUGCACUUACAAGCACAGAGAGAUCAGUGCAGAUGACAAACGAAGUGAUUUUUGGUUGCCGAUUGCCAGGGUCUCAUGGCGAGGGAGAAAUACGAAACGAGUAGUGUUCAAAGCCAGACCAAGGGAAUAAAGAUGAACUCCCGCUUGAAGACUUCAUUGCAGAACAUGAAAACACCACCCAAGUGUAGCAAAGACAAGAUGGAUGUUGGUUGUUCCAGAGUGACACAAGAGAGCAGUGUGAAGAGGUGCUCUACCAGAGAAAGGAAGAUGGCGCUGCAACAAGAUGUAGAUAAAUUGAAGAAGAAACUUAGGCACGAGGAGAAUGUUCACAGAGCACUAGAGAGAGCUUUCACCAGACCCUUGGGUGCUCUGCCUCGGCUUCCUCCUUACCUGCCUCAAUAUACAUUAGAGCUCUUGGCAGAAGUUGCUGUAUUGGAGGAAGAGGUUGUGCGGCUUGAAGCGCAGGUUGUGAAUUUUAGACAAGGAUUGUAUCAGGAAGCCGUUUAUAUAUCAUCAACAUCAUCAUCCAAGAAACCGACUGAGAUUGGGGCCAUGGACUCCAUGGAUCGGUCUCCAACUCCAAGUAAACAAGUCAAGCUAGAGCAAACUUCCUCUGAAGGAAGUCCAAAUGCUUCUUCUUCAAAAACGAUCAAGAAUUCUUUGUUCCGCCAAUCAUCUGUGGAAUCUGAAUCAAAUCAAAGUGGGUUCCCUUCAAAUCGGUUGAUGACAGGGAAACACACUUUGAACAAAGGGUCUUGUUCGGAUGGUAAAGAGAAUCAGCUGCAAACCAAUCCCUCAAGGAACAGGCAAUCCCCACAGAAAGUUUCCCGCCCCAGGAUGCUUAUAAAACAAGCAUCUGAACAGAAAACUGCCAAGAAUCAGGAACUCGCGACCAAAAUACAGCCAGGAUUUUUUCGCCGUGAAAAAUCAGGUGAAUGCAUAGCCAAUGUCCAUACGGCUUUAGAGGAAGACGUCAUUGAACCUUCUAAGCUGUCAGAGGAUAUACUCAAGUGCUUGUUGAGCAUUUUCAUGAAAUUGGCCUCAGUUUCCAACAGAAGGGACUCUGAAAGCUUACCAAUUGCUUCAACGGUUUCUCCUUCUUGUGGGAGUCCAAACAAUAACACUGAUACCAACUUGUUGGGAACCUCAGAGCACUUAGAUGCUCGAGAUCCUUAUGGUAUCUGUGCUGAAUUUGGGGAACAGGAUGUUGGCCAAUAUAAAUAUGUUAAUGAAAUUUCUGCGAGCUCAAUUCAACUGAACAGGGUUCCCGAUGCUGACAGCUUAAUGUGUAGGCUGAAGCAGCUUCUUGUCAAGCUUGAGUCAGUGGAUCUACGGGGCCUUACUCAUCAGCAGAAGUUGGCGUUUUGGAUUAAUAUCUACAACUCGUGCAUGAUGAAUGCAUUUCUAGAGCAUGGGAUACCUGAUAGCCCUCACACAGUUGUCGCAUUAAUGCGCAAGGCGAUCCUGAAUGUUGGUGGCCACAUGCUGAAUGCGUUGACGAUUGAACAUUUCAUAUUGAGGCUGCCCUAUCAUUCAAAACAUACCCUUACAAAAGGUGGGAAAAAUGAUGAGGGGACAAUGAGAAGCAUUUUUGGGCUAGAUUGGCCCGAGCCGUUAGUGACAUUUGCACUGUCUUGUGGAAGUUGGUCUUCUCCUGCGGUACGUGUUUACACUGCUAACAAGGUUGAGGAUGAACUUGAAGUGGCCAAGAGAGAGUACUUGCAGGCAGCGGUUGGCAUUUCUAGUAAGAAUAACAAGUUGGUCAUACCCAAGCUGCUGGACUGGUAUCUUCUUGAUUUUGCGAAGGAUGUAGAUUCGUUACUAGACUGGAUCUGCCUGCAAUUACCAAGUGUAUCGAGGAAAGAAGCAGUCAAGUGCCUUGAGAGAGGGAGAAAGGAAUCUCUGUCUCAUGCGGUACAAAUAAUGCCUUAUGAAUUCAGUUUUAGGUAUCUUUUAGCAACAUAAAAGCCUAACCUUCCAACUCCUUUUACUACAAUUUACGAUGGGAUUUCAAGAAAGUUUGGGUGGAAGACCUGUACACAGUAUAGCAAAUGCAGAAAAUACAAAAUUCUUUGAUUUUCAGACUGAAAA